UCCUUCGUUUCUUUCCACCGUCUGUUAUAAGUCACAAUUUUUGGCUCAAUCUUCACGAUUUUUCACUGAAAAUUUUCUUUCUGUAACUAAGUUUUAUAGCAUAAACUCUACAGAAAUUCAUGCAUUUUGUUAAGGCUUAAAAAGCUGAAAACCCCACGUUUUUCUUCCUAAGAAUUAUAACCGGAAGCAAUUUUUAAUCUUUUUUUGGCGAUUCCCGGCUUGAUAUACUCUAAAUUUAUCAAGAAUUUUCUGGGUUUUCCCUACUGAAUCCCGGAGUGCACUUGUCAAAAAUUAGCAUGUGAUUGGUUGCUUGUGGAAGUCAAUGUGGGAUAGAAGCACAUGUGUGUUUUUUUCUGGUGAUCGAUUUAAGCUGUAACAUUAGUUCACGGGAUUCAUCGAGUAAGAUUCAUGUGGUUGCUCGAAGCUUAAUUGUGCAGAGUAGCCACUAAAGUUAUUGGUGAUUAAAGUAUAGAAUCAGAAACGAUGUCUAAAAAGGGAAAUUUUGGACACAGUGCCAAACCAAAUCAAAAUAUGAGAAUAAUUAUUAUCUUAUUUGUUGGAAUGAUCGUCGGUUUCUUUCUCGGAGUGUCAUUUCCUUCAUUUUCAUUGACAAAGCUGAAUAUCACAUCCUAUCUUAUUCGCGAUUUUGCAAUCAAUGGGAACAACACUACGGAUCGGUCAACCCAAAAGAGUAUAGAAAACAACUCUACCAGAAAUCAAAAUGUUAAAGAUAUAUCAAAGAUUUGGGUUCCAUCAAAUCCAAAAGGUGCAGAGAGGUUGCCUGCAGGAAUUCUUGCGUCUGAAUCGGACUUUUAUACCCGUAGAUUGUGGGGUUUACCCAAUGAGGACUUGGCCAGCAUACCAAAAUAUCUGGUGACAUUUACUGUUGGAUAUAAUCAGCGUAAUAACAUUGAUGCAGCGGUGAAAAAGUUUUCAGACAACUUUACUAUCCUCUUAUUUCAUUAUGAUGGACAAACAACCGAAUGGGAUGAGUUUGAAUGGUCCAAACGAGCAAUUCAUGUGAGCGCAAGGAAACAGACGAAGUGGUGGUAUGCUAAAAGGUUUCUUCAUCCAGACAUCGUGGCCGCAUAUGACUACAUAUUUAUUUGGGACGAAGACCUCGGUGUUGAGCAUUUCGAUGCUGAAGAAUACAUUAAACUUGUGAAAAAGCAUGGCUUAGAAAUUUCUCAGCCGGGUUUGCAACCUAAUAGGGGGACGACUUGGCAGAUGACUAAAAGAAGAGAUGGUAGUGAAGUUCACAAGGAAACUACAGAGAGACCAGGCUGGUGUUCCGACCCCCAUUUGCCUCCCUGUGCAGCAUUUGUGGAAAUCAUGGCUCCCGUCUUUUCCCGAGAUGCAUGGCGCUGUGUGUGGUAUAUGAUUCAGAAUGACUUGGUACAUGGUUGGGGUCUCGACUUGGCCCUCCAAAGGUGUGUUGAGCCUGCUCAUGAGAAAAUUGGAGUUGUAGAUUCUCAAUGGGUCGUUCAUCAGAGUGUUCCUUCCUUGGGGAACCAGGGGCAACCAGAGGACGGGAAGGCUCCAUGGAGAGGGGUACGAUUAAGGUGUCAACGAGAGUGGAAUAUGUUCAAGUCUAGGAUGGCUAACGCGGAAAAAGAUUAUUACAAGUCAAUGGGAAUUGAUCCGUCCAAUUUCACAGCUCAUUGAUGGAUAGCAUGAGAUAAUUCUACACAACCUAUAAAUUCAUAGCUAUUAUUUUGCAAAGGGUACACACAGAACUACAAGAUAAUUCAAUAUUCUAGAUGUAGAUAUACAAUUUUUUCAUAAUAUAUUUAUAUCUCAUGUUCAACUACAGUUCAUCCUCAACUCUUUUGAGGCUGAAUUUAGUUUUUACACUGAGCGCGUUAAUCUUGUUUAGCCAUUUUGUUCAUACUGAA